CUAAAGAAGUAAACAGGUCAUGGCACGUUUAACAAAAAGACGACAGGCGGACACAAAAGCUAUCCAGCAUCUUUGGGCAGCCAUUGAAAUUAUCAGGAAUCAGAAGCAGAUUGCCAACAUUGAUCGUAUUACAAAGUAUAUGUCCCGAGUCCACGGUAUGCAUCCCAAAGAGACCACCCGGCAGCUGAGCUUAGCUGUGAAAGAUGGUCUUAUUGUCGAAACUCUAACAGUGGGCUGCAAAGGUUCAAAAGCUGGUAUUGAACAGGAAGGAUAUUGGUUACCAGGAGAUGAGAUUGACUGGGAAACAGAAACUCAUGACUGGUAUUGUUUUGAAUGCCAUUUGCCUGGAGAGGUGUUGAUAUGUGACCUGUGUUUUCGUGUGUAUCAUUCCAAGUGUUUGUCUGAUGAGUUCAGGCUUAGAGACAGCAGUAGUCACUGGCAGUGCCCAGUUUGCAGGAGCAUUAAGAAGAAGCACUCUAACAAGCAGGAGAUGGGCACCUACUUGAGGUUCAUCGUCUCCCGCAUGAAGGAGCGGGCUAUAGACCUUAAUAAAAAAGGAAAGGACAGUAAGCAUCCUAUGUACCGGAGGCUGGUCCAUUCAGCUGUUGACGUCCCUACCAUACAAGAGAAGGUGAAUGAGGGGAAGUACCGGAGUUACGAGGAGUUCAAGGCUGACGCACAGCUGCUUCUCCACAACACAGUGAUCUUCUAUGGAGCAGACAGUGAGCAAGCGGACAUUGCAAGGAUGUUAUAUAAAGACACGUGUCAUGAGCUGGACGAGCUGCAGCUUUGCAAGAACUGCUUCUAUCUGUCAAACGCACGGCCCGACAACUGGUUCUGCUACCCUUGCAUACCUAAUCAUGAGCUGGUGUGGGCUAAAAUGAAAGGUUUUGGGUUUUGGCCAGCCAAAGUCAUGCAGAAAGAAGACAAUCAAGUGGAUGUUCGCUUCUUUGGCCAUCAUCACCAGAGAGCCUGGAUUCCUUCUGAAAAUAUUCAGGAUAUCACAGUCAAUGUUCACCGACUGCAUGUGANGCGCAGCAUGGGCUGGAAAAAGGCCUGUGAUGAGCUGGAACUGCAUCAGCGCUUCCUCCGUGAAGGAAGGUUCUGGAAAUCUAAGAAUGAGGACGUGAAGGAAAAGUGUAAGGAAGAAUUUGUAGAGGAGAUCAAGAAGCUAGCGGCACAGCACAAGCAGCUCAUUUCUCAGACCAAGAAGAAGCAGUGGUGCUACAACUGUGAGGAGGAGGCCAUGUACCACUGCUGNUGGAACACGUCCUACUGCUCCAUCAAGUGCCAGCAGGAGCACUGGCACGCAGAGCACAAGCGCACCUGCCGCCGGAAGAGAUGAGCCUG